CCCCUUUCUCCCCAUCUGCCAUUUUGGUUUUGUUCCCGUCUGCAAUCGCAAAGCCAGCAACGCAAUUGCAUAGGAAGAGACUUUUGGUUCAACAUAGUGACUCGACAAUAUAGCGCCGACCACACUUAUCCCAUUUCACCCUUUCUUUUUUGGUACCGAGCGUCGAAUUUGCUUUCAUCGUUAUCGCUGACAUCUACAUAUUGCGGGAGAGGAGCGGGUUCGCGUAGGGAAGGGAACGGGAAGAAAUAUUGAUGUCCAGCUCGCCGCUGUCCAAGAAGCGUCGCUUGUCAGGAACAGAGACGAAGACGGGAUCCCACUGCUCCUCCUCUAACUCUGUCAGAACUGAUCUGUCCCAUACACCUGCAAACGGCAUGGCUAAGAAUGGCAAUGAUGCUGAGAUUGAUGAAGGCCUGUAUUCCAGACAACUAUAUGUGCUGGGCCAUGAAGCAAUGAAGCGCAUGCAGAACUCCAACGUCCUUAUUUCUGGAAUGAGAGGACUUGGAGUUGAGAUUGCGAAGAAUGUCAUCUUGGGUGGCGUUAGAAGCGUCACUGUGCAUGACCAAGGAGUUGCAGAAUGGAGAGACCUCUCUUCCCAGUUUUACCUUCGCGAGGAGGACCUGGGAAAGAACAGAGCCGAGGCGAGUCAGCCUCGUUUGGCUGAACUCAACAACUAUGUUUCUGUGACCGCAUAUACUGGAGUACUCACUGAGGACUACCUUACCAAGUUCCAGGUGGUAGUGCUUACCAACUCAAGCCUAGAUGAGCAGAAGCAGCUUGGGGAGUUUUGCCACAGCAAAGGAAUCAAGCUGGUUGUUGCAGACACACGUGGUCUGUUUGGCCAGCUUUUCUGUGACUUUGGAGAGGAGAUGAUAGUGUAUGACACCAAUGGAGAGCAGCCACUAAGUGCUAUGAUUUCCAUGAUCACCAAGGAUAAGCCUGGUGUUGUAACUUGUCUUGACGAGGCUCGUCACGGCUUUGAGAGUGGAGAUUAUGUGACUUUCACUGAGAUUCAGGGUAUGAAAGAACUUAAUGGCUGUCAGCCUGUGGAAAUUAAAGUUCUUGGUCCAUACACUUUCAGCAUCUGCGACACAACUGGCUUUUCAGACUAUGUUAGAGGAGGAAUCGUCUCUCAGGUUAAGAUGCCCAAGAAGAUUAAUUUUAAAUCUAUCGCAUCCUCCAUGGCUGAACCAGAAAUCAUGAUGACAGAUUUUGCCAAGUUUGAUCGUCCAGGGCAAUUACAUAUAGGCUUUCAGGCUGUCCAUGCCUUCCAGAAGAAACACAAUCGCCUUCCGGCCCCUUGGAACCAGGCUGAUGGUGAUGAGCUAUUGACUCUGGCCAAAGAGCUGAACUCUGCCCAGACAGGGUCUGCCAAAGUGGAGGAACUGGAUGAGGGUCUUAUCAAAAAGAUGUCGUAUCUCGCUGCUGGUGAUCUUUCCCCCGUCAAUGCCUUCAUUGGUGGAGUGGCUGCACAGGAAGUGAUGAAGGCAUCCACAGGGAAAUUUAUGCCUGUAAUGCAGUGGCUGUAUUUUGAUGCUCUGGAGUGCCUUUUCGAAGGAGAAGAAAUCAUGCUCACAGAGGAAGAGUGCAGUCCUAGGAAUUGUCGGUAUGAUGGGCAGAUUGCAGUGUUUGGCACUAAACUGCAAAAAAAACUUGCCGACCAGCGCUACUUCCUGGUUGGAGCUGGAGCCAUCGGCUGUGAGCUGCUGAAGAACUUUGCCAUGAUUGGACUGGCCAGUGAGGAGGGUGAGGUUAUCGUGACUGACAUGGACACCAUCGAGAAAUCCAAUCUCAACAGGCAGUUCCUCUUCAGACCCUCUGAUGUCACGAAAAUGAAGAGUGACACAGCAGCUGCUGCAGUGAGGCAGAUGAACCCCUCUGUCAAGAUCACAGCUCAUCAGAACAGGGUUGGUCCAGAGACGGAGAGGAUCUAUGAUGACGACUUCUUCGAAAGUCUAGAUGGAGUCACUAAUGCACUGGACAAUGUUGAUGCACGUAUGUACAUGGAUCGACGGUGUGUUUACUAUCGUAAACCCCUACUUGAGUCGGGUACCUUGGGCACCAAAGGCAACAUCCAGGUUGUGAUCCCCUUCCUCACAGAGUCCUACAGCUCCAGCCAAGACCCACCUGAGAAGUCCAUCCCUAUCUGUACCUUGAAGAACUUUCCAAAUGCAAUUGAACACACACUUCAGUGGGCCCGGGAUGAGUUUGAGGGACUCUUCAAACAGGCACCAGAAAAUGCCAUGCAGUACCUCACAGAUCCUAAGUUCAUGGAGCGAACUCUGAAGCUUCCAGGAGCUCAGCCAGUGGAGGUGCUGGAGGCUGUGUAUAAGAGUGUUGUUACAGACUGCCCGCACAGCUGGGGCGACUGUGUAGCCUGGGCUCGCAAUCACUGGCAGUGCCAGUACAGCAACAACAUCCGUCAGCUACUGCACAAUUUCCCCCCCGAUCAGCUCACCAGCUCAGGCGCCCCCUUCUGGUCUGGUCCAAAGAGAUGUCCUCACCCCUUAGAAUUCAGCACUAGCAACGACCUCCAUGUGGAUUAUGUAAUGGCAGCUGCGAACCUGUUUGCCCAGACAUAUGGCUUGCAGUGCAACACCGACCGGGCAGGUGUGAUCAAGAUCUUGCAGGACGUCAAAGUGCCAACUUUCACCCCCCGCUCAGGGGUUAAAAUCCAUGUCUCUGAUCAGGAGCUCCAAAAUAGCAAUUCCUCUGUUGACGACUCCAAAUUGGAAGAAAUGAAGUCUCAGUUGCCCAUCCCAGAGACAUUCCAGUUCAAACUCAGCCCUAUCGACUUUGAAAAGGAUGACGAUACAAACUUCCACAUGGAUUUCAUCGUGGCGGCCUCCAAUCUGAGAGCGGAGAACUACGACAUUCCACCUGCUGACAGGCACAAGAGCAAACUGAUUGCUGGGAAGAUCAUUCCGGCUAUCGCCACUACUACAGCAGCCGUGGUUGGCCUAGUGUGCUUGGAGCUCUUCAAGAUUAUCCAAGGACAUAAAAAGCUGGAUUCAUUCAAAAAUGGUUUCAUGAACUUGGCCCUACCUUUCUUUGCCUUCUCUGAGCCCAUUGCUGUUCCCAAACACAAGUACUAUGAUAAUGACUGGACUCUCUGGGACCGCUUUGAGGUCAAAGGUCUGCAGCCCAACGGUGAAGAAAUGACACUCCGACAAUUCCUCGACUACUUUAAAAAUGAGCAUAAGUUGGAGAUCACCAUGCUAUCUCAGGGAGUGUCCAUGCUGUAUUCAUUUUUCAUGCCAGCUGCCAAACUUAAAGAGAGACUGGACCUACCGAUGACAGAGAUUGUGACCAAGGUGUCCAAAAAGAAGCUGGGCAAACAUGUGAAAGCCCUGGUGUUUGAGCUGUGUUGUAACGACCUAACGGAUGAAGACGUGGAAGUGCCCUAUGUCAGAUACACCAUCCGCUGAGCUCCACACUGAGCCCACAAUGAGGGGGGGAGAAGGGGAUGUUCUGAAGUGGGUAGCUUGAUCCAAAUCAGGUGUUUUGGGUUUUUUUUGUUUUGUUGUUUUGUGUUUCUCUCAUGGGUUUUGCAUAAAUCUCUUCCUGUCUGUAAAUAGUCCUAGUAGGCUGACUAAAGGAGACAAGUAUGGGUUAGAAAUCCAGUUUGUGCAUUAUUGGGACAAGGGUGUUACUGAAGGAAGGGAACAUAUAUACUGGACAGCUUGAUUUUACUCAUUAGUAGAGCCUCUGCAGUUAAAUAAGUCCAACUUAAGUCCCCAUGCAUACUAACAUCCUUACAGUAUUCAAGGGUCAUUUUAAUCCAAGCCAGCACCUUCCCUCCACUCUACUUGCUCUCUUUCCUCCUCAAACCCUUGUCUCGUCGACCCUAUUCACAUCACACAAGUUAAAAUUCUAAAUUUCCGUUUUUUUAUUUUACAAAAACAUUUUUCAAAGAUCCAUUUCUUUUAAUUAAAACCAAGUUACCCCUAGAAAACACAGAACGACCUUGUAGAUAAUUUCUGUCUGGAAACCCAAUGGUAUCCCACAGGUAGAAUGCUUCUCCCAGUCCGAGGCACUCCCCCACCACAGCACUCUUCGAGGGGUCCUUGCACAUGACAUUUUUUUUCAGAUAUUAUUUCUUGUGUUUUUUGUUGUAUUUUAUUUUUUGGGGGGGGGGGGUACAAGCAGGUUUAACAAAGAUUUGGCACACAUCUGGUAGUUCAUAACACUUGUUUCUAUUUUGUUAAUUCAAAAUGUCAAAAACAGAAUUAAGAGCAAGACAAUGAGAUGUAUCUUGAUAUGGGAGCACUUAGUGUUAUAGUGAAUAAACUUGUAAAACAUG